ACCAGCGUUUACGUCACGGCGGUGCGCCGGAAGUGGCUGAGGAUUGCGCCAGAAAUCCGGGAAGUGGCAGCUUUAGGAUUUUUCUGCUGGCUCUGACUCCGGUCCUGCGAUGGGUUGCGACGGGGGAACAAUCCCCAAGAGGCAUGAACUGGUGAAGGGGCCGAAGAAGGUUGAGAAGGUCGACAAAGAUGCUGAAUUAGUAGCCCAAUGGAACUAUUGUACUCUAAGUCAGGAAAUAUUAAGACGACCAAUAGUUGCCUGUGAACUUGGCAGACUUUAUAACAAAGAUGCCGUCAUUGAGUUUCUCCUGGACAAAUCUGCAGAAAAGGCUCUUGGGAAGGCAGCAUCUCACAUUAAAAGCAUUAAGAAUGUGACAGAGCUGAAGCUUUCUGAUAAUCCUGCCUGGGAAGGGGAUAAAGGAAAUACUAAAGGUGACAAGCAUGAUGACCUCCAGCGGGCACGUUUCAUCUGCCCCGUUGUGGGCCUGGAGAUGAAUGGCCGACACAGGUUCUGCUUCCUUCGGUGCUGCGGCUGUGUGUUUUCUGAGAGAGCCUUGAAAGAGAUAAAAGCGGAAGUUUGCCACACGUGUGGGGCUGCCUUCCAGGAGGAUGAUGUCAUCGUGCUCAAUGGCACCAAGGAGGAUGUGGAUGUGCUGAAGACCAGGAUGGAGGAGAGGAGGCUGAGAGCGAAGCUGGAAAAGAAAACAAAGAAACCCAAGGCAGCAGAGUCUGUUUCAAAACCAGAUGUCAGUGAAGAAGCCCCAGGACCAUCAAAAGUUAAGACAGGGAAACCUGAAGAAACCAGCCUUGAUUCUAGAGAGAAGAAAAACAACUUGGCUCCCAAAAGCACAGCAACAAAUGAGAGCUCUUCUGGAAAAGCUGGGAAGCCUCUGUGUGGAGCCGCAAAGAGGUCCAUCGCUGACAGUGAAGAAUCCGAGGCCUACAAGUCCCUCUUUACCACUCACAGCUCCGCCAAGCGCUCCAAGGAGGAGUCUGCCCACUGGGUCACCCACACGUCCUACUGCUUCUGAAGCCCACAAUGCCACCGCUCCUGCCCCAGAAGGUUGUUUAGUUUCCACGUAGGCAGGUUGCUGUGCACCUCUGAGUGCACUGCUGUGUGUUCUCUCUAGCUCUGUGUCAUAAAGCUGUCCUGGCCAGCGUUCAAGAUGGUGUGGUCACUCUUGCUGUGAGGCGUGUGGGUUCCAGGGGGGACAUGGGAGGGGCUGCACAGUGGCCCGAGGUCAUACUUGCUUCCACCUGCAGGUGCAUUUGGUCCUUUCCAUGGCCAGGAAGCCCUGUGGGCUGCACUUUUUAUGCUUGCAGUAACAAGAGACUCCAGAGUCCUCACUGGUGCAGAGUUGGCACAUAUUAACUACAAUUCUAAUGAUUUUGCUACCAGCAAUAAAUUAAGUAGGCCAAGUGAAACUGGCUUUAGAAAGGAUGGAUUUCAAAUACACUGUGCUCACUAGAAGCUUUGAAGAGCCUCGUCCCUCUGCUACAGCCCUGGGAGGAGCCAGGAUCCUUGUUGGUCUAGCUAAAUACUAUUAGGGGAGUCUGCCCCAUCUCAUCAUUUUGAAGACAGCAGAGUCUUGGUUGGGCACCCAGUGAUUGGGUUCAAAAAUAAAGCUGGUCUGCCUCUUCUCU